GUUCAACCUUUCAUAUAAGUUUGGGUAUUUGUCAUCUAAUGUAUUCCUUCUAGUUCAACCUUCACAUGCGUAAAGUGACCUGUUUAAUUAUAUCUCAUAUCAUUUUGUAUGAUUAGCAGUAUACUAGAGCUGAAGUUGCUAUCUAAAGCUACGAGAAUGGAUAUUAAAUCUAAACUCAUUGUGUUAUGGGAGAUCUUUCUCAAGGCCGGUUGCGUCGGCUUUUGCUGGGUUGUUAUUGGAACUCCGGAUUUCACUGUUUUUGUUCUUUUACUUAUACAGUUAUAGUAGUUGUACUUAACUGCUUAAGGUGAUGACAUUAUAUUGUACAUUAGUAUCAUAUUAUGCUACCUGGUAGUCUGGUACCAACUCUUUUAUAGGUAUAAAUAGUCGAAACCUCGUCCAUCAUUUGCACAUAGCUUUUCUUCUCCCACGGACUCUUCUACUAGUUCUCUCUUCCAUCCUACAGAAUGGGGUUGGACAGUGAAAUUGGAAUUGGAUCGAACAAAGAGUUUGCAUAUGAUUCAAUGAAGAAACAAGAAAGACAAGGAGGAUUCAAGGCUAACUAUUUCAUCUUUGCAAUGAUGUUCCUGGAUAACAUAGGUUUUGUGGCUAACAUGGCAAGCCUGGUUGUAUACUUCAUGUUUGUGAUACACUUUGACAUUUCUGGCUCUGCUACCACCACAACAAAUUACUUGGGCAGUGCAUUCUUACUUACAAUAGUUGGAGGAUUCAUUUCUGAUGCCUACAUGACUCGCCUCAACACCACUCUACUCUUUGGCGUGACAGAACUGCUGGGAUAUAUGUUGUUGAUAAUUCAAUCCCAUUAUAAAAAGUUGCAACCUUUACCAUGUGGAGAAUCAACCUGUGUUCAUGGCACAAAAGCUUUGCUGUUUUAUGCUUCAAUAUCCUUAAUUGCACUGGGAGGAGGUGGAAUCAGAGGCGCGAUUCCUGCUUUAGGUGCUGAUCAGUUCAACUAUAAGAAACCCGAAGAGCGCAGGCAUAUAGCUAGCUUCUUCAACUGGCUCUUGCUUAGUAUAACCCUUGGGGCAGUGGCUGGAGUCACAUUUGUGGUGUAUGUUAGCACAAUGGUUGGAUGGGACAUCGGCUUUAUCAUCUCCUUGUCCUGUGCUGCUUCUGGUCUUUUCAUUGUUGCUCUAGGAAAGCCAUAUUAUCGUGUUCGAGUUCCAGGAGAAAGUCCUUUGCUAAGGAUUUUACAGGUUUUGGUGGCCAGUGUAAAGAACUGGAAGAUGGAUGUGCCUCAGAGUCCUGAUGAACUACAUGAAUUCACUAAAAAGAAAGAGCGGCUCCCCCACACUGAUCAAUUCAGAUUGCUAGACAAGGCAGCCAUUAACCCUAAAGGUGUCAAUGCUGCAACAGCAUCAAAAUGGAAAGUUUGUACAGUAACACAGGUGGAGGAAGUGAAGAUCCUCACAAGGAUGAUGCCCAUUCUUCUAAGCACAAUCCUCAUGAACACAUGCUUAGCACAACUGCAAACUCUUUCUGUCCAACAAGGAAUCCUCAUGAACACACGCGUUGGCAGUUUUGAUGUACCUGCAGCCACAAUUCCAGUCAUUCCUCUGCUAUUCAUGUCUGUUCUUAUCCCCAUUUAUGAGUUCACAUUUGUUCCCCUUUUGCGCAAGUUUACUGGUCACCCCAAUGGCAUAAGCCACCUCCAGAGAGUUGGUGUUGGGCUUGUGCUCUCAGCUAUCUCCAUGACUAUAGCAGGGUUCGUGGAAGUGAAGAGAAAACAUGAGAUCAUUCACCAUAAUCACAAGAUCAGCCUCUUUUGGCUCGCAUAUCACUAUGCAAUUUUUGGCAUUGCAGACAUGUUCACACUUGUGGGGUUGAUGGAGUUCUUCUACAGAGAAGCUCCUGCUGGGAUGAGGUCUCUAUCUACUUCAUUUUCCUGGCUUUCUCUGUCCAUUGGGUACUACCUGAGCUCAGCUUUUGUAGAGCUCAUCAACUCUAUCACUGGCAAGUAUACAGACAGCAAGUUAGGGUGGCUGGAGGGGCGUGACAUGAACAAGAACCACGUAGACUACUUCUACUGGUUUUUGGCGAUUCUCAGUGUGCUUAACUUUGCAAACUAUCUUUUCUGGGCCAACUGGUACACAUAUAAGAACGAUGUUACUGCCGAUGACGAAAUGCUAAUCAAAGCGGACCAAGUUGGAGCUGCUGAAUCUGAGUCUGCAAGUGCAAGUGUAAGCUUUGUGUCCAACAACUAAGAUGAAGAGAAACAGCAUAACUGAAUGUUUAGGAACUAUGGAUGCAUAGACAAAAUUUUGGGUCCCUAGUUACCGCAGCAUAUCAGAUGAUACGUAUGUAAUGUAUUAAUUGUUGUGGUGUUGAAUGUUGAUUAAUCACAUAGAAAGAUCUGGUUUCAAG